AUGAAAAUAUGGGGGCAAUUAUGGCAUAAGAAAAUGAGUGCUGCUCGGCGUCCACAUGGGGAGUCAUUUGUUAGUCCGCACCAAAUAAGGCAACCCUCUGCCAAUCGGCACCUCUUUGGGGGAGGACUCUGCCGAUCGACAUUUGAGUGGGUAGGGGCCUAUCGGUCGACACCUCCUAGGGGGAGGUCCCUGCCGGUUAAUCGAAGCCUCCCAGAGUCAGCCACUUGA